CGGGGCGGGGCGGGGCGGGGCGCCGCCGCGCGUGCGCCAGCACCGGAGCGAGGCCGGGCCGCGGUGCCGCCGGUGCCCCCGCGCCCGCCGGGCGCCGCCGCGGCGAGGAUGAACUGGCUGUUCCCCUUCGCUAAGGGCGGCGGCUCCUCCUCGCCCGCCGCGCCGCUGCCCGCCCGCACCAGCCUGCAGCAGCAGAAGCAGCGGCAGAUCGAGUCCCUGCGCGGCGCCCACGCCUCCAUUGCAGAAAUUCAGAAAGAUGUGGAAUAUCGACUGCCGUUCACUGUAAACAACUUGACAAUUAAUAUUAACAUCUUGCUUCCACCUCAGUUUCCUCAGGAAAAACCAGUUAUCAGUGUUUUCCCACCUGUGAGACAUCAUUUAAUGGACAAGCAGGGAGUGUAUGUGACCAGUCCAUUAAUAAGUAAUUUUACAAUGCACUCAGAUCUUGGAAAAAUUAUUCAAAGUUUACUGGACGAGUUUUGGAAGAAUCCUCCAGUUCUGGCUUCUAGUUCAACAUCAUUUCCAUACCUUUUCAACAAACCGGCUGGAAUGCCUCCUUAUGCUCCUCAGGGGUUUCCAUUUCUUCCUCCAUACCCACCUCAAGAAACAAACAGAACAAUGGCAGCCGUGCCUGUUGCUGAAUCAGUUUCUUCAAGCUACACUACAGACAAGCCUGCUGCUCCCUCUUACGGCUUGAUCCCUGAUCUGCCGCUACCUGUUCCGACAGCAGAAGCAGUGCUUCAGGUUGGCCAGAAUGGAUUUACUUACAAGAUGCCUGAUGUUCCUGAGACAUUUCCAGAACUCUCAGAAUUAAGUAUAUCGCAGCUGACCAGUAUGAACGAGCAAGGAGAAGUGCUACUGGAACAGUUUGCAGCUUUACCACAACUGAAGCAAGUCAUUACUGAUAGAAAUGAGUUAGUGAAAAGCAUUGAAGAGCUGGCAAAAAAAAACUUGUUGCUGGAGCCUACUCUCGAGGCAAAAAGACAGAUGGUGUUGGAUAAAUAUGAGCAACUGACACAGAUGAAAGCAGCCUUUGAAAAAAAGAUGCAGAGACAGCAUGAACUUAGUGAGAGUUGCAGUCCAAGUGCUUUGCAAGCCAGACUUAAAGUAGCUGCUCAUGAAGCUGAAGAGGAAUCUGACACUAUUGCAGAAGACUUCUUGGAAGGCAAAACAGAAAUAGAUGACUUCCUUAGUAGUUUCAUGGAAAAAAGAACACUCUGCCACUGUAGAAGAGCCAAAGAGGAAAAACUUCAACAGGCAAUAGCAAUGCACAGCCAAUUUCAUGCUCCGCUAUAGACUUCCUGCAAACUACACCUGCCAAGAGAACAAGUGAAAAACCCAAUAAAGCACACUUUUUAAUAACUAUUAUUUGCAAAUAAGCAUUUCAUCUUAUAUGGUUGUAUUUAUAGAAGAGAUUGUAUACAGAGUUGGGAUGGUUUUUGUACAAAUUAGAAUGUCUCUUUAUAUUCUCAUUGUACUCAAGAAUCCUUCUAUUGCAAUCUUUGCACUAAUUUCUUGUAUUUAUUGUUGAUAGUUCCUACUAUAUUUAAGUUCCUGCUGCUAUACUCCAUUCUUCAGAGACUGAUUAUCUAAACAUGUAAUUUUGACUAGCUUUUUACAUUUUUAUAAAAACAUAAUUCAUAUCUUUUUUGUAUUUUGAAUUUUAAGCGUAGAUUUGGCUUGAUCUGUGGAAGAGUUUGAGAUAAGUGGUGAUAGGGCUUUGGAAACUGAAGAAGUUCAUAAUUUGAGAUUGUUAGUGGAUUUGAUUCACAAGCUGUCUUUUCUUGAAGCCAAAAUGUUUAAGAACAAGUUUUUUACUUUUAAGUAAUAUUACAGAACUGAGUAUAGCCUGUAUUGUGUUUUGGAUAAGUAGAUUUGGAUUAAGCAAAGGAUGUGUUAGAACAAAUUAUAUUGGAAUCAAAACAGAAUAAAUGAUCUCUGUGUAGAUUUGGUAUGUUGCUCAGUAGCACUGAAGCGCUUGAUUUCAGGAGUGGCUUGGUACCUACUAUAAUUAAACACAAUUUUCAUCUCACAA